GUGCUCUUUUCCCAUGGGGCCCGGUGUGGUGUGCCUGCAAACAGCAGCCUCCUUGGUGGUCUAUACAGCCUGUUGAUUGUAUGGGUUGCCCUAAGGGACCUUGGAUACAGCUUUUUCUGGUGGACAUUGAAGUUUGGCCUCACGCUUUCUCCAGUCUAGGCUCCAGACAGGCAUGCAGGGUGCCUUUGGAAAGCCCCAGGGCACAGUGGCCGGGGUCCACAUUGGCCAAGUCAUCAUGUCCAUCCGUACCAAGUUGCAGAACAAAGAGCAUGUGAUUGAGGCCCUACGCAAGGCCAAGUUCAAGUUCCCUGGCCACCAGAAGAUACACAUUUCCAAGAAGUGGGGCUUUACUAAGUUUAAUGCAGACGAAUUUGAAGACAUGGUGGCAGAAAAGCAGCUCAUCCCAGAUGGCUAUGGGGUCAAAUACAUCCCUAAUCGUGGCCCCUUGGACAAAUGGUGGGCUCUGCACUCAUGAGAAUCUCAGCACUACCCCUCCCUAUUUAUGCCCACCAAUAAAUCCUGCUUCCUAUCUUAAAAAAAAAAAAAGUUUCCAUCUUACAGUAAUAUCUGUGAAAGCAUGGUUUGAUGUUUUAGUUAGGUUUUUCCAAAACACAUAGAAAAUAUAGAAUUAAAACUUAGACGUGUGCCCAUGUACUGCCUUCUGCCAGGGGCAACCA